CGCCCCUGCGCUCGACCACCUCUGCCUACCCGAACCUCCACCACUCACUCACUCGCCAUGUCCAAAAUCGACCUCGGUUCGGCCGUCGGAUGGGCGGACGAGGACAAGCCUGUCUCCUGGAACCAACGCGACGUUCUCAUCUACUCCGUUGGCAUUGGCGCGAAGAAGGACGACUUUGCUUUGAUCAAUGAACUGGACAAGUCAUGGGCACCCUUCCCUACAUAUCCUGUCGUGCUCCCCUUCAAAGGGACCAGCCAAGACGUCGUCAACUUCCGGCAGCUCAUGACUGGCGGGAAGGGAGCCCCCGGCCUUCCCAAGUUUGACCCUAACCGUGGAGUCCACGGCAGCCAGUCGAUCGAGAUCCUCAAGCCUUUCCCUGCAGUGAGCGGGGACGGCUGGAAGCUCAAGAAGCGCAUCGUCGCAGUCAGCGAGAACAAGUCGGGGAUCAUCGUCGAGAACGAAGUGUUGCUCGUGGACGCGCAGGGCACGCCAUAUGCUAAGCUCCACAGCGGCUCCUUCAACCUCGGCGCGAAAGCGACCGGCUCGAACUUCUCGAAGCGCAUCGGGAGCGCACCGCAGGCGACGCCCCCGCCCAAGGACCGCAAGCCCGACUGGGUCGUGCGCGACCAGACGACGCCCGAGCAGGCCGUCAUCUACCGCCUCAGCGGCGACUACAACGAGCUCCACAUCAACCCGGCGAUCGGCGCGGCGACAGGUUUCGGCGGCGUGAUCCUGCACGGGCUCGCGACCUUCGGCUUCGGCGCGCGCGCGAUCAUCUCCGCCGUCGGCGGCGGGGACCCGCGUUCGCUGACCCUGUUCGGGGUGCGCUUCACCGCGCCCGUGAAGCCGGGCGACGCGCUCGAGACGUCGAUCUGGGAGAUUGGGCCUGCGAAGGCGAAGGGGCAUGAGGGUGAGACGGAGGUUGCGUUCGUGACGACGAAUGUUGCGACAGGCAAGGUCUGCUUAGGUGCGGGUGUCGCAUACGUGAAGAAGGCAGAGAAGAGCAAGCUCUGAGGGCGGCAGCGUCUUCGGCUUGGGCUUUUGCAUUUCUGGGGCCCCUGUGCGAUGGAGAUGGCAUGUAAGAUGGAUAUGUACUUGCUUGGAUACGGUUUCUCUGUUCAACAUGGAGAGCACAUCGCUAGUUGACC